GACGUAGCACGCAAGAACGGGCGGCUAGGCUGUGAACGACGGUCAAUUUCGUCCGUUCUUUAUUUGAGACUUGGUGUUCGUGCUUUGUCAAAGUGUUCUCAGCUACAGCUAUGAACUGGAACAAGGGAGGACCGAGUGGUAAACGAGGCUUUGGCUUCGGAGGGUUUUCUCUCUCCGGGGGUAAAAAAGAGGAGCCUCGGCUGAACCAGCAGUCCCACAGCGCGUUCGGAAGCUCGGGGUCUGCAGGAGGUUACGGCAAAAACCAGCAGCUGCCUGCGUUCUACAAGAUCGGAACCAAACGGGCCAAUUUUGACGAGGAAAAUGCCUAUUUCGAGGAUGAGGAGGAAGAAUCGAUGACUGCAGAUCUGCCGUAUAUCCCAGCGGAGAACUCUCCUACCAGGCAGCAGAUGCAGUCAGGAGGAGGAGGAGGAGGAGGAAGUGGUGGAGGUGGAGGAGGAUCAGACAGUGAAGACGACCCCCUUGAUGCCUUUAUGGCUGAGGUGGAGAACCAAGUAGUCAAGGACAUGAAGAAACUGGAAGACAAGGAAAAAGAGAAAAAGCUGACCAAGGGUAUUCGAGAUGACAUUGAAGAGGAAGAUGAGCAAGAGGCUUAUUUCCGUUACAUGGUGGAGAACCCGACAGCCGGGCUUAUCCAGGAAGAAGAGGAGGAGAACGUGGACUAUGACAGCGACGGGAACCCCAUCUCUCCUCCCGCUAAAAAGAUCAUCAUGCCACUUCCUCCUGUUGACCACUCUGAGAUCGACUAUCCUCCAUUCGAGAAGAACUUCUACAACGAGCAUGAAGAGCUCAACAGCUUGACUGGAGUACAAGUAGUGGAACUGAGACACAAACUCAAUCUGAGGGUGUCCGGCGCCGCUCCUCCUAAACCCUGCACCAGUUUCGCUCACUUUGGCUUUGACGAGCAGCUCAUGAACCAGAUCCGCAAGUCCGAGUACACGCAACCUACACCCAUCCAGUGCCAGGGUGUCCCCAUUGCCCUUAGCGGCAGAGACAUCAUCGGCAUCGCCAAAACUGGUAGUGGUAAGACGGCUGCCUUCAUCUGGCCCAUGCUGGUGCACAUCAUGGACCAGAAGGAGCUGGAGCAGGGAGAGGGACCCAUCGCUGUGAUCGUGUGUCCUACUAGAGAGCUCUGUCAGCAGAUCCACGCGGAGUGUAAGCGCUUUGGGAAGGCCUAUGGCCUGCGCUCGGUGUCUGUGUACGGAGGAGGCAGCAUGUGGGAACAGGCCAAGGCUCUACAGGAAGGGGCGGAGAUCGUCGUUUGCACUCCGGGUCGCCUGAUAGAUCACGUGAAGAAGAAAGCGACAUCCCUGCAGAGAGUGACUUACCUGGUGUUUGAUGAGGCGGAUCGUAUGUUUGAUAUGGGAUUUGAGUAUCAGGUGAGAUCCAUCGCCAGCCAUGUAAGACCAGACAGACAGACUCUACUGUUCAGUGCCACAUUCAGGAAGAAGAUUGAGAAGCUGGCACGGGACAUUCUCAUUGACCCGAUACGUGUAGUGCAGGGAGACAUUGGAGAGGCAAACGAGGAUGUGACCCAGCUGGUGGAGGUGUUGCUGAGCGGCUCGGAUAAGUGGGUGUGGCUGACGCGGAGGCUGGUGGAGUUCACCUCAGCCGGCUCCGUGCUCGUUUUUGUGACUAAGAAGGCCAACUGUGAGGAGCUGGCCACCAACCUGCAGCAGGAGGGCUACAGCCUGGGCCUGCUGCACGGAGACAUGGACCAGAGCGAGAGGAACAAGGUCAUCACCGACUUCAAGAAGAAGAGCUUGCCAGUCCUGGUGGCCACUGAUGUCGCAGCUCGUGGAUUGGACAUUCCCUCAAUCCGUACUGUCGUAAACUACGAUGUUGCCCGGGACAUUGACACACACACGCAUCGCGUCGGCCGGACAGGUCGCGCCGGAGAGAAGGGUGUGGCCUAUACGCUGCUCACAAACAAAGACACUUCAUUCGCCGGUGACCUUGUGCGUAAUUUAGAGGGAGCGAAUCAGAGUGUCCCGAAGGAACUUAUGGAUUUGGCUAUGCAGAAUCCCUGGUUCAGGAAGUCCCGUUUUAAAGGUGGAAAAGGAAAGAAGCUGAACGUCGGAGGCGGCGGUCUCGGCUACAGGGAGAGACCAGGCCUAGGAUCCGAUUCCUCAGAGCGCAGUAGUGGUUCUGUCCUUGGCAACUACAAGUCCUACAAACCCCCCAGCGGAGCUAUGGGAGAUCGCAUGGCUGCCAUGAAGCAAGCCUUUCAGGCUCAGUACAAGAACCACUUUGUGGCAGCAUCAGGUCGCUGUCCAAAGCUCAGCGCACAGUCAGACAGCACAUCAGGCUGGACAGGUGCAGGCAGUCUGAGCUCUGUGCCCUCUGGAGCCCCUGAAGGCAGCCGUACCCAGUUAUCUUCCUCCCCCAUGCCCCCACCUCCUGUAGCGUUCAGUUUGGGCACCAAGCUGGCCGGCUUCAGCAGCUCGGGCUCUCUGAGCUCUGUCUCAGACUCUUACUCCUCCUCUUCCUCCUCCUCUUCCUCCUCCUCCACCUCCUCUUCUUCUUCAUCAUCCUCCAGAGAAGAUUCCCGCCAUGACAGGAGCCGCCAUGGAGACAGCCACCAUCGCCACAGCGACAGGGAUCGGUAUGGGAGCAGGGAUCGCCACGGCGAUCGUGACCGCGACCGAGAUCGUCAUGGCGACAGCGACCGAGAUCGUCACGGCGACAGCCGCAACGGCGAUGGUGGCCGUCGAGAGAGGGACAGUUGGAGGGGAGAAAAGGAAGGCGGGGAAAGGUCAAGCUCUCACAAAGGAGGAGAGGAAAGCUUUGCCGUUCCAGAUCCACCAAAACGCAAGAAGAGCAGGUGGGACAGUUAGAGCUAAACCCCUGCAGGAGACAUCGAAUGAGCAGCUCUGAGAUCAGGCAGCCUUCUCAGAAGUGUCCAUCUGUCUGUUGUUACUCAAAUGUCAACAUAUAAAGGACACUGAAGACUUGGAGAGACGUCAGAUGUCCUGACGGAGGAUGUUUUAAGCUGUAAAUGAGUGUGUGAGCUACAGAGAAGCAGAUCCCAGAUGUAGAUGCAGGCAUUUCUCUGUAACUGUGUAUGCAAGUUCAUCUGUCAACAGUCAUGUUUUGGGGAGAUAAUUAGGGGUGGUUUUUUGUUUUUGGUUUUUUUGAGGGUGCAGAAAUUACUGGUUCCGAGUGAUACUUUUGUGAAUUAAAAAAAAAAAAAGAGGUUGCAUUUCUCGGGUGAAGCAGUUUCAGCAUUUUUAUUAUGAUAGAUGAGAAAUUAUUCAGAGAUUUGUCAUUUGAUUUGUUGUAACCAUCCAAAGUAACUGUGAGUGAUCUACUUUGUAGGUAUGUCUUUGUUCUGUAUUUUAAUCCAUACUGUUGCAAGCUUGGAAAGAUGUGUGCCAUUACAUAGUUCCCAUCUGUGAAUUUUUUUGUAUUUUAAAGCAAAACUAAAGUAUGCUUAUGUACUAGUUCACCUUCAAUCUCAUGGCUUCAGUUUGGCACCUGGCACUAAAGAGAGUGAAGGUGUUGAAUGCUGUGCUGCCAUGAUUGCAUAAAAACCUAUAAAACAAGAUCUACUAAGUGGGUGGAGGCCUGGAGUAAAAUAUGUGCUGUUAAUUUUUCCAGUUAACUAGAUUCUGAAGGCUUCGCUCGUUUCAUCCAUUGUGUGAUCCUGGUGCAAUUACAUUAAAUCCUACAAGAUCAACCUUGUUCAAAUAAACAUGUUAAGACCUUGUUGAAUAA